AUGUAUUUUUUUAACAAAGAUUAUUUACAAAAAAUAUUCUAAAGGAAGAAUUACAAAUUUUCGUAACAUUAGUGCUACCAAAGUGAAUACCGUGGGGGAAUAAUAUUGUGCAUUCGUCACUGGAUGUAUAUCACGUGACUUUGGGGACCGCCAAGCGGGGGAGGGUGGCAGCGUUGCCAUUUGCCAUCAGUUAGCCCGCGGUUCGCGGUCCGUGCGCGUACUGACAACGUUGCUUGGUACGACAGAUUGUCGUCGUCGCGGCGCAGUGUGCGCGACACUCGUGUGGUCAAACACACCCAAUGUUUGUGUUUUCGCGUUUCUCGUGAUAAAUAAAUUGCGGCCGUCACGCGAGUAGUGUAACACGCGCACGUCACCGGGCGCGCCGCUAGGGCAUGUAGUUAUUGCCGGUCCACGUUGUCGGUGUCGGCUCGACGAUUCUCGAGAUGUGGACAACGACGAAGACCACUAAGUACGGCGUUGCCGUGUACAACUGGCGAGGAGACACGCGCUAUGGACUACCCCUUGAAAUCGGAGAGACCGUGCAGAUCCUGGAGGAGUGCGCGGGCUGGUACAGGGGCUUCUCGACGAAGAAUCGCGCGGUGAAGGGAAUCUUCCCGAGUUCCUACGUGACUCUGAAGCCCUGCAAGAUCGACAAUGAGGGCCUCUUCGAGUCCGUUAUACCAUUGGAAGACCCGGUUGUCCGGGAAGUCACCCUGGUCCUGCGCGAGUGGGGUGGCAUUUGGAAGAGGCUGUACGUGGAGCGCGAGGAGUACAAAUUCAACGCGUUGCGCAAGGUGAUGCGAGAACUGUUGGAAUGGCGACGGCAAUUAUUGCUUGGCACCCUCACUACCGAUCAGACGCGGGAGUUGAAGCUGCGGAUAAUCAAUAAAGUGGACUGGGGGAAUCGGAAACUGGGCUUGGACUUGGUGCCGCGUCAAGGUUCUCACAUGGUGGAUCCGGACACCAUGUCCGUCGUGGAGUUAUACCAUGUGCACGUGCAGAGCGCCGAGAACUCGCAGGGCGCGUCGGCGCGCGGCACUUUGCGCCGCAAGGAACACAAGAAGGUCCUUACCCAUCACCUGUACUUCUGCAUGAGGGAUUUCGGCCACUUGGUAGGCGAGGACACCGAGAUCUACUUCUCCCUGUUCGACGCCAAGCGGCAGCAGUACCUGAGCGAGCGAUUUCUCGUUCGCAUCAGCAAGGAAGGCUUUUCGAAUUACGUAGAGAAGAUGCACAGCAACUGCACCAUCUUCACGGAUCUCGGCAAUUCCGAUCUGAGCCGCGAUCUCUACAUGAUUGCCCACGUGAUGCGCUGCGGCCGGAUGCUGUACUCCGACUCCAGCAAAAACAAGACCGGAACCACGACCUACAGGCGACCUCACGGGGUGGCGGUGCUCUCUCUGGCAGAAGCUUCGCAGGAACACGCAGAGGAGCUCGAGAUGACUUUCAAAGUGUAUCAAGGGGAAGAGAAGGAAUUUCAUCAAUUACAUGAGCAAAUCAUACGCAACAACAAGUGCUCUCCUCUACCUGGACAGCCCAAUUAUGGAAUAGUGGUAUCCCUUCGCAUCUUGCACGGCGAGCUAUCUCAAGUUCGUGAGGAGAACCCAUUGCUGUUCAAAAACAUCUGUCUCACGAAGAAGCUCGGCUUCUCGGAUGUAAUUAUGCCGGGCGACGUGCGUAACGAUUUGUAUCUCAAGUUAGAGCGCGGAGAAUUCGAGCGCGGCGGAAAAUCCACCGGCAAGAAUAUCGAGGUGACCAUUCUAGUCUUGGAUUCAGACGGCCAACCGUUGGAAGAGUGUCUGUUUGGGGCGGCGGGAACGGACGGUAGCUCUGAAUAUCAGAGUUUGGUGAUAUAUCAUCACAAUAGUCCGUCGUGGGCGGAAACCGUGCGACUGGCGAUACCCAUCGACAAGUUUUACGGGAGCCAUGUGCGUUUCGAGUUUCGACAUUGCUCCACGCGUGAGAAGAAUGACAAAAAACUCUUUGCCUUCGCGUUUGUACGGUUGAUGGAACCCGGCGGUGCCACUCUUCAAGACGGCCCGCAUGAAUUAUAUAUUUACAAAUGCGAGGAGCGCGCGAAACUGGAUUCCCUAAGUUACUUGUCGUUACCGAGUAGCGCGAGGGAGCCGAGCGCCACAGGUCCACCGACCUUCUCCAGAUCGCCUAAGGAAACCGUAUUCGUGCAUACCUUGCUUUGUAGCACGAAAUUAACGCAGAACGUCGAUCUACUUAGCCUGCUGCAGUGGAAGGCUCAUCCCGAGCGAAUAUCCGAGGCUCUCGGCCGUGUGCUUCGCUUGGACGGCGAAGAACUGGUUAAAUUUCUGCAAGACAUUCUUGACGCGCUGUUUGCCAUGUUCCACACGGAGGAUGGCAACUCCACCGCUCACUCUGGCCUCGUGUUCCAAGUGCUCGUGUCUAUCUUCAGCCUGCUGGAGGACUCCAAGUUUGAGCACUUCAAGCCGGUGAUGGACGCUUACAUCUCAGACCACUUCGCCGCGGCUUUGGUGUACAAAGGUUUGCUCAGCAGCGUGCAACACUGCGCUGACUGGGUGACCGCGGCGGAAAAGCAAGAGCCGAUCAUGAAGUGCUUCCGUUCGCUCGAGUACAUCUUCAAGUUCAUCAUUCAGAGCCGGCUGCUGUUCGCCCGCGCCACUGCCGGCCAAUACGAAGACAGCUUCAAGCGCGACCUGUACUGCGUGUUCGCCGCACUUAACAAAAUGCUGGGCAUUCCCUAUGAAAUGGUGCUGCUGUCGCAGAUCGCACUGCUGCUGUCGAUCGCGGCGGUGUUCGAGCAACUCGUGGCAGUGUUGCCGGUCCUCGAGGUGGCCAAGCUCACUUGUACGAUGCUGGACUCGGUGCCGCGGGAGCCGCCGCUACAGCUGACGCAGGCCAAGCUGGUCGCCGUCAAGAACCUCACGGCGUCUAGUUUGUUUUGCAAUGAUGACGAGAGCCGCAAUCUGCUACUGGUCACUGUUUGUCGACAUCUGCGAAUCCAUCUGGCUCGUCGAGAAGAAUUGCGCUCCUGCACCGAUAUCCUGGGCGAGAUACUCAGCUUCCUGCACAAACGCGGAAGAGACACGAACAAGGUCAACAACUGCAUCCACCACGACGUCGAGACGCUCUGCCUGUCGGUGCUCGACGUGCUCAUACAAACGAUAUUAAUUGUAAUAAACACCAGCGGACCGGUGCUCGGCUGUCUCGUCGCCUGUCUCAUCGGAUUGCUUCAGCUGCUCGACGAGUAUCAUUACGCGCGACUUUGGGAGGAGCUGAUGCACGCCGGCGAUCGGAAGCCGCUCAAAGAUUUUCUGCUGCGAGUGUUCCUGGUGCUGCGCGACCUCGUGCGUCAAGAAGUAUUCCCGCCGGACUGGCUGGUCAUCAGGAUGCAGGCUAACAAUGUCAUCCUGAGGUCGCUGCAGGAGCUCGCGCAACCGCUCGCCUUUCGCUUCCUCUACGGCAGCUUCGACUCGCAGCUGUGGUCGACUUACUUCAACCUGGCGGUGGCUUAUCUCACGCAGCCGUCGCUUCAGCUCGAACAGUUCUCCGAAGUCAAGCGGGAGAAAAUUGUGGAGAAGUAUGGCGACAUGAGGGUGCUGAUGGGCUUCCAGAUCCUGUCCAUGUGGUCGCACCUGGGUGAACGUAAACUCGAGUUCAUACCGGGCAUGGUAGGGCCCUUCCUCGAGGUCACUUUGGUGCCGGAGAGCGAGCUCCGUAAAGCGACUCUGCACAUCUUUUUCGACAUGAUGGAGUGCGAGCAGCGAGCUCGCGGCAGCUUCAAGUCGGUGGAGUCCGAGCUGAUCGACAAGCUGGACAUUCUUAUCAGCGAGAACAAAGGCGACGAUGAGUACAGACAGCUAUUCAAUACCAUGGAACAUCUUAGUGCCGUAUUAUUGGACAGGGUGCAGUCCGAGGAUCCGACGUGGAAGGAAAGCGGAACGGCCUUCAUAACGUCCAUCACGCGUUUACUGGAAAGACUCCUCGAUUACAGAAGCGUCAUUCAGGGCGAUGAGAAUCGCGACAAGCGCAUGUCGUGCACCGUAAAUCUGUUGAACUUCUACAAGAACGAGUUCAACCGGAAGGAGAUGUACCUGCGCUACAUCUACAAGCUGCACGAUCUACACUUGGCCGCCGAGAAUUACACGGAAGCCGGCUUCACGAUGAAGCUGUACGCCGACCAGUUAGAUUGGGGCUCGACCGUCCUGCCGCCCGAUCACGCUCAUCCUCAGCAGCCGGAGUGGCAGCGCAAGGAGCUGCUCUAUCACAAGAUCAUUCAUUAUCUCGAUCGCGGUAAAUGUUGGGAGAAGGGCAUCCCUCUGUGCAAGGAGCUGGCGGUUCUCUAUGAAACCAGGCUGUACGAUUACGCCAAGCUCAGUCACGUGUUGAAGCUGCAGGCGAAAUUCCUGGAUAAUAUUCUGACGCAGCUGCGCCCGGAACCAGAAUAUUUCCGCGUCGGAUUUUACGGUCUCAGCUUCCCGCUUUUCGUCAGAAACAAGUUAUUCAUCUAUCGCGGACUGGAAUACGAGCGAAUAGGAGCGUUCACGCAGCGGCUGCAAACCGAGUUUCCUUGUGCGCAGAUACUGAUGAAGAAUUCUCCGCCCGACGAGAGUAUUCUGACGUCUGAAGGCCAAUAUAUUCAAAUUUGCAACGUGAAACCGAUCCCUGAGGAAGGCAGCCUAGCUUGCAGCGACGUCGAAGUUCCGGAACGCGUGGUUGCCUUCUAUUUGGUGAACGACGUGCGCAAAUUCACAUUCGACCGGCCUUUGCAUCGUGGUCCGGUGGAUCGCGAGAACGAGUUCAAAUCAUUGUGGAUCGAGCGAACGACGCUGACGACGGAGGCGAAGUUACCGGGGAUCCUCAGAUGGUUCGAAGUGAUCGAGAAACGAUCGGAGCUGCUGGCGCCGGUGCAAUACGCCUGCGAGACGAUGCAGAGUGUGGAGAGGGAGCUGAGGCGACUGAUGGCGCAGUACACCGCAGAGCCGCACAGGAAUAUCAACCCGUUCAGCAUGCGAUUGCAGGGUAUCAUCGACGCCAAUGUGAUGGGCGGCAUCACGAAAUACCAGGAGGCCUUCCUCACGCCGGAGUUCGCCCGGCAAAAUCCGGAGAUGGUGCCGCACGUGAACAGACUGAAGGGCUUGAUCCUCGAUCAGAUGAGCGUGCUGGAGUCCGGUCUUGUGUUGCACGGCCAGAUCGCACCGGCCGGCGUUCAACCGCUGCACAAAAGACUCAUCGAAAGAUUCACGCAGCUCAAGCAAGGCCUCGGCCCACUGGCCAGGCAGAGGACCAUUCAUCAAGACAGUAUUGUGAAUUCGCCGCUGCCACCUCUGCCAAUCAACGACAAGCAGCGCCCGGCCACUUUGGAGACCGCCGGGUCCAGAGCCUCGCACGCCGACAGCGAUGGUCUUCCGGAAGACGAAGGCUUUUACACCAGGGUGGAUGGCGUGCCACCGCCUAUUCCGCAGCGAGAAGUUCGCCCGCGUUCCGUCGGUUACGGUACAACCCCGCCGAGACCCACGCAUCAGCGAUCUCUCAGUAAACCGCUGAGUCCGAAACUGCCAUUGAGGCAUUCUUUGCCUACGCCUACUGACGGUGUGGAUCAAAGCAGUCUUAGAAGCUCUUGGAGCGAACCGGGACCCGAGCCCGCUCCGCCAUUACCGCCUAGAGGUUGCACGCUUUCUGUUUCAGUGUCGGACAAGAGAGACUCAAAUACAAACACGAUGGUGCCACCGGCGCCUCCGAAACGCGGUUUAACGCACAAACGCACAAACACUGAAUGGAGCACCGACGACGACUCCGAAAUCACCGAGCCGAGAAGCGAGCCGAAUGAUCUGCGUGACAGCGGCAUUUCUACAGCCAGUUUACUCGAUUUUCAGUCGCAUUUGACGAAUUUGAACAACCUCGGUUACGAGGAUUUCGAGCCGCGUUCCCGUUGCAACGAUAUCAUGAACAUCUCGCCACCGUCUGUGAUAAGCGCGCUCAAUGUUUCAACCGGUAGCUUUGCCAGCGGCACAUUCCAAGGCUCGCAUUCUCUAUCUGGUCAAGAGGUGAGUCCUCCACCGAUUCCUCCCAAAGCCCAUCAGGACACUCCGUCAGCCCCUUCGACUCUAGAGAGAGUGAACAGAACACAGAGCCACGCACACUCCGAGAACUAUUCGGUGCCGAAGAUGCAGACGCUCUCCGUGGCGUCCGACGCGGAGAGCACUGUGUAGCGACGAUAUAUCCUCUCCCUAGUCCUUAGCGAGUAGUCCUUAGUGAUGUGUAUGUGCCAUCAUGGUCAGGCGCGAAUCCUGUACUCGUUUCGUGUCCCUCGGAUCGUCGAGCGGACUCUUUCUAGACGGUAAACUUAAGAUAAGUGUAAGAAUCGUCGUCGUCGUUGUCAUGUCUAAACGGGUGGAGAAACGGACUCGGAUUAUAUCAUUCAGAGGUCUUCGAUUUUUUGCAAAUCACCCGGUAUGUAGUUGAUAGUGAAUCGUAAACUACCUGAAAUCAGAUCAAACUAACUACCGUAACUAUGUAAGACGAAAACAGACCGUUAUCCAACCCGCGUAUAUUCGUACCUUCGUAGAGAGAUAGAAAAGUGAGGACGGAUGUGUACCAAUCGCUCUUGAGCACCGAGAACGUCCAGCGAGGAGCUCACCGUCGAAUCUGUAUCGACGUUCCGGACGUGAUCGGCGAUCGAAUCGCGAUAUACAUAUAUCGACUUUACGUUAAAGACCUCUUCCGAGCUCUUCCGAGUAUAUCAAUCCGCACACUAUAUUUUGUAAUUUAUUUAUAUUUUCGAUGAGAAAAAUAAAGGUAAUUUUUAAAUCAACGACACAACUGCUGCAGACUGCGUGGAAUGAUAUUAUCGAUGUUCCAGUUAGGAAUCGCGAUGAGGGUUGUAGGACAAUCGUCACCUGAUGCUGAAGAGUAUAUAAAUUAUGUAUUUCAUUCUUUGUUCGAUUUGUCGUAUAAGCAUAUAUACAAAAGUACGAAAAGUACGCUUCUCGAUUUGUGCUACUUCUUCUUCUUCUUCGUCUUUAUCUUCAUGGCAUGUAAAAUAAGGGAAAAGAUUGUAAACUUCUAUAUAAAAAAAAAUGAAACUAAAAUUAUACAUAUACAUAUAUACGAGAGAAAGGACAGGCAGUGGAAUGUAUACAUUGCACAAUAUUGAGCUUAAGAAUAGAGAGAACCUAAAUGUACGAUGGAAUGAGACUAAUGAGUAUGCGACAAUGCUUAGAGAUCAUUUUUGUUCUCCGUGCUCUUCCGAACGCCAUUGCCAAAUCAGCGGCAAGGAUCAUUCAUUGAGAAUCGGAGAUUCGCAAUGCGGGGCCGAGCCGCUCCUAAGUCAAAAGUAAUAAUUAAGCGCAGGAGUAUUUUGUGUCGGGUCGGUCAGAGCGGUCAGACGAUUCGGCGCAAACGAGGUGAAUCUAUAAUUUGCAACGUCUAUUUUCAAUGCGAAAUUCUAUCGAAAAUAAAAUUUAUAAAUUACGAAUUCACCUCUUCCUUGCAACGAGUCCUUCAAUUGCGACGAAAUAAACGUGACACUGCGACAUUUUCCGAUGUGACACAAGCGGAUAUUUUGAAUAUUCGUUUAAUGAUAUAAUUUUUCAACAUUUUAAUUUGAUUAAAUUAUCGGAAAAUAUUUCAGUGCGACAUUUACCUCUCAGAAUUACUCCGACGGACCUUCCAUAUGCAAUAUAUAUGAACAGGUACUCACACAUACAUGCUAAUUAAUAUGGCUAAGUAUGUAAGUACACAGUCAUGGCCGCUUCUUAAAAUAUAUAUCGAGGAUCGUUCGAGUCUUUAUUGCGCGUUGGACACUUAAAUUAGGUGUAAGCUAAAUUACUUUGUACGUUGUCUCGUUUGUGGCACGGACUUCGUCAGACGGACGUUUCCGCAUUAGUAUCCUUCCUGUAAGAAUGAAGAAUUAUUUGAAUUUAAUCGGGAAUUAUCGAGCAUUGGCGAUCACUGAUUUGUAAACAGAUCUUUACAGAUUACAAAGCGAUAUAUAAAAAAUUGUCAAGCUUACCUCCUCGCUAAUAAUAUCGACAGUCGUCAGGGUAAGCAGGGAUCACAGAAAAGAUAGUUAUGUUAGAAUGUUCCAAUGCCACCUUUUGCGUAAACAGCAAGGAAAAUGGGAAGCCAAAGAAAUCAGAAUUAAUUAGCCAGCAUUACAUAAUUGCGCUAAAAGGAAAAAUGCUAUAACGCCGUAAGUAUGUUAGAUCGCCGCCCAUCUUUUUUACAUACGUUGGAUGUAACGUAUUUGUACUGGCUCUUUGUAAAUUAUUUUAUAUCUUAGCGAACGGAAACUUCUCUUGAAUAAUCGUUUAUAUAAAAGUUUCUAUUUUUAUUCAAACGUAA